AUGGUAGUCUACAAGGAUCCCACUCUCAUUUGGUUCAAUUUUUCGCAAAAAGUGAUGUUCAGCCCAAUGUUGCGACGGUUUUAUAGUGUUCCAGCGACAUUUUUCCAUCCUACAGUGUAUGCAUUAUCAACGCCAUCAAAUCAGCACUCUGCAAUAGCUAUAAUUAGGAUAUCGGGUACACAUUCAAAGUAUAUCUUAAAAAAAUUGUCGCCAAAAAAACCGCUACGGCAGAGGAAACCGAUGAUUCGGUCAUUAUAUGAUCCCAAGGCAUCAACUCUGAUAGAUGAAGCGUUAGUCUUGUACUUCCCACAACCACGGACCUUUACAGGUGAAGAUUUAGUGGAAUUGCAUCUACAUGGGGGGAAAGCUAUUAUAAAGGCAGCGUUAAACUCAAUCCAGGGUUUGCGGGACUCUGAAAGAGAUAUUCGUAUGGCGAUGCCGGGAGAAUUCAGUCGACGAGCUUUCCAGAAUGGGAAAAUGGAUUUGUUGAAGCUUGAAAGUAUCAACAAUAUGAUUCAUUCAGAUACAGAAUUACAGCGAUUGUCUGCAUUGCAUGGCAAUCAGACCGUAGACAUUUUCCAUGAAUGGCGACAAGAGAUUAUAGAGCAGAUCGCUAAACUAACUGCAAUUAUUGAUUUUGGUGAAGAUAUCGAAACGGAAGAUAUCGAUUCUAUAGUGAAUGGUGCCAAUGAUAAACUUUUACAACUAUACAAAAAAGUGACUCGAUUCAUGGUGAAAUUAGAUAGAAUGGCUGUCUUGAACGAUGGGAUAAAGUUAACAUUGUUGGGUGAACCAAAUUCCGGGAAGUCAUCAUUAGUUAACGAAAUAUCUCAAGACGACGUUGCGAUUGUCAGUGAUAUACCGGGCACCACAAGAGACUCUAUCGAUGUAAUGAUGGACAUUAACGGUUUUAAAUGUAUCUUGACUGACACGGCAGGGAUCAGACAGGGAACUUCAGAUUCUAUUGAGAUCAAAGGUAUUGACAGAUCCAAAAAGAAAAGUUUACAAAGUGACUUAGUGGUAUUGGUCAUUGAUGUAUCUAACCCAAAUAUAAGUAAACAUUUUGAAGAAUUUAUCAAGGAUAACUUAUCUGAUAAACCUUUAAUUGUCGUGUUGAAUAAAUCGGAUUUAGCUACUGAAACCCAGUUAAAAUACUUAAUUGAAAAGUUCGAUGCAGAAUUUAAAGCCCUGAAAAUUCAUACAGUCUCUUGCUUAACCAAAAUUGGAUUGGAACCAUUAGUUAAGACCUUGACAUUAAGUUUCAGAAGAAUCUCGGCAACUGAGAAUGAAGAUCCAGUCACCGUGUCCAAUAGAGUCAAAGAAAUUUUAAGCACUGAUAUUCUAUUCGGCCUAGAUCAGUUCUUCCAGCACAAGAAUGACGAUAUAUUAAUAGCUUGCGAAUCACUUAGAAUAGCUUCCGAUGGAAUUGGGAAGAUAACUGGUGAUAACGUUGACUUGGAAGAGGUUUUAGACGUUGUCUUUUCGAAGUUUUGUAUCGGCAAGUAA